AUGCCAGACUCCGGGACUCAUGAAAUGAAAGCCCCAGCGUCAGAAAGCCAAAGCUCUGCGAACCCCUUUGCUGCCCAACAAGCAGCAGAGCCAGCAGCAGAGCCAGCAGCAGAGCCACCAGCAGCAGAGCCAGCAACAGAGCCAGCAGCAGAGCAGCAUCCUGAGAGGCUCGAUUUAGAUCUGCCUGAUGAUGUGGUCAUUGAAGAGGGCUCAGAAGCAUACAGACCUGGUAAUUUCCACCCAGUGUACAUUGGCGAUAUCUACAAUGGGAAAUACUUGGUCUUGAACAAGCUGGGCUACGGUCUCUAUUCCACGGUGUGGCUGGUGAGAGACACAUCUUUGCCACAAGAUGAAGGCCAAAAAUAUUAUGCUCUGAAGGUAUUGAGUGCGGAUUGUUAUGGCACUGACAAGGACAUCUUCGAACGAGAGAUCCUGCGACAUCUUCGUGACGCUGACAAGACACAUCUCGGUUACAAGUACAUCUGCCAUCUCGUCGAUGACUUUGAGCACUGCGGCCCAAACGGAACUCACGUAUGCCUCGUGUUAGAGCUAAUGGGAGAAACCCUGAAGACAUUCGGCACUUUAUUCAACAAGACUAUGAUACCAAAUCCACUCAUGAGACGAUUCACCUUCUAUCUCCUUGCUGCACUCGAUUAUGCCCACGACAGCAACGUGAUCCAUACAGAAGACAUCAAGCCCGACAACAUUUUCGUCAAGGUUCGGGACAGCUCGCUUAUCGAGUCUCAAUAUCUGAAGCAGGUCCCGGCUCCAGUUCAGGAUAAGCUUGCCGACAAGUACUAUCCGAUAGCGUCACAACCUCUCACAAGGUUUUAUUUCACACCCGGCCAACCUAUUUUGGACUUCGAGGUGGCCAUUGGCGACUGGGGUGUCUCCUCAUGGGCUGACAAUCAUCUUACCGAAUUGAUUCAACCCGUCUUACUUCGCGCACCCGAAGUUCUCAUCAAAGCUCCUUGGGAUGCUUCCACUGACUGGUGGAACCUCGGUGCCGUGAUUCUGGAAGUGUUUCGCUGCGUCCGCAUGUUUGAUGGUCGUGCCCCUCCUCAUGGACACUAUGAGCUGAAGCAACACCUGAGCGAGAUGGUUGCAUAUUUUGGUCCGUUUCCGCGACGGCUGCUGGAUAAGGGAGAUGCUGAGCUGGUCGCGACCUGCUUUGACGAGUCUGGUCAUGUUCGGGGCGCUCCUGCACUCGAGAUGCCCAGUCUCGAAUCGGAUGAUUAUAUGGAUGACCUCGACCAGGAGAUCCGUAAAAGCUUUGUAUCAUUCCUGCAUGCGCUCAUGAAGAUUGAUCCGCAAGAGCGUCUGUCUACUAUGGAUCUCAUACGACACCCAUGGUUGGGUAUAGAAGGGCUUUGA